CAGGACUUCACCCCGAAGCUCAGUCACUGUCAGCACCAGCUGCACGGACUCACUCCUUGCACGUAGGGAGUGCAGCUGCUGCAGCAAGGAGGCAACCGCGCCACGGACGGCCGGAAGGAGUCGCGCUGCCGCCUGUCAGGCUCUAGCGGUCCCAGCCAUAGAACUUCAGGGGGCGGGUUCCCUCCAACGCUCCGCACCUUGUAAUUGGUUGUAAGCGAAGGAUUGUGUAACGCACUCAACGCACAGUUGCGGACACAUUGUCUGAAAAUCCGCAAAUAAAGAUAAUGGAGGCGGAUCGCAAUCUAGCGCCUGUGUCCGCAGCUGAAGGAGCAGAGUAGACCACGGCCACGCAGCCAAUAUCGAGUCUUAAAGGAAUUAUAACGCUUUCGGGGUGAACGAUCUGCAGUGAGUCGCAGUCCUUGAAGGAGAAAGACUCCUCGGACUGUUUUUCUGGAACGGCGGAAGCGACCGACAUGAAGGACGGUCGCCUUUUUCUGUCUGCAUGCAAAGACGGACGGAUGCAAUGUCUCUAAACGAAGUGGUCCAAGUGACUAUUAGCGCAUCCAGCUGAUGACCCACCAAGGGAAUCUGGUGGACAAUCGCGCAUAAGCAGGACGGACCUCGGAUCCGCAUUAGGUGAAAUAAGCCCUGAGUUUGAGUCCUACCAGAGAAUGGCUAAUGGGUGGGAUUCAUACUACCAAAACCUAUCAUCUGACCAAAGACCUCUGAGGACAACAGAGUCAGAAGGAAGUUUUUCCCAACAAAUAGAGAACUUCAUUGGGCAGCAUGACUUUACUAGUACAGUGGCUUCACAUGCAUCUCCUUCAACAACUACAAACUUUAAUGAAAAUUGUUUCUCAAAUCCUGGUAUUGGGAAUUCCAGUUCAGACUGUGUUUAUCAAAGAUAUUACACAGAGUCAUCAUGGCAAGCUGAUGGACAGCCAAGAGAAAAGGAUUGCUUGCCACAAUGUGAAAAUAAGGAUGUACCUGAUUUUGCAACAGAUGGUUUACUGCCAUCAGGAUGCUUUCCUCCCUCUUUCCCAGCAGACCCACAAGGAAUAAAGCAAGAAUGUGGAAUGUUAACGUCAUCAUUUCUUGAGGACUACUCUGAUGUCAGUAACUGCUUGGACACAGAUUCUGGUGAAACAAGGUCCUCUUGUAACUUUAUACCAAAUAAUUCAGAUCAAAAACCUAAAACUCAUUUUACUACAAACCACAGCUUAACAGAAUGGCUCUUCAGUCAUCCUGGAAGCACAGCGUUUCCUACUGAGAGUCUUCCCAGUAUUGUGGCACACACCAAUAUAGGUCUGUUAAGUUCAUCAAAUGAACAAGAUGAAAUGAAAAAUCCAGAAAAAACUGUUGUAUCCACUACAACACAUGAUUUGUGCUUCACUGCUUCUAACAUUGUGACACCAACAGGCAGUGAGAUUUUAGAAGACGGAAAUAAUAGUAGUUGUAAGGAUUCCAAACAAAAAGAGGAAAUGGACAGAGGUCCUGCACAAGGAAAACACUUGGACAUUGUAAGUGACCAUAAAAACCAAACUGAUGGAAAAGAUGCAUACCCAGUUCCCAAUGAGGAGGAGCAGACUGCUUCAAAUGUCAUAACUACAUUUCACAGUGAGCAGCAAUACCUAAGGAACAACGUGGAAUUCUCAAGAGGGGAAACUGAGCAGUCCUUUAAUAGAGAAAGAGAGGGAUCCAAUAACUGUUCCACAAAUAGUGUUCAAGUUGGUGCUAAGAUUGAGGAUUAUCAGGACAAAACACAAGUUUUAAACGAGGAAGGAACAAAAGUCUGUCCAGCCGAAGAUGAGAAAAAAUGGUUAAAUCCCAACUCCAUACAGACAGAAGAUAAAACUAUGAACACUGACUGUAAGGAGAAAGAUAUUAAGAUGGGUACAUUUCAAAGUUUAGAUUUGGAAGACAAUGAUGACAAAACUCAAGAUAAUCAUGGUAGAUCCACUGUAAUGGUUACCCAUGAUUUGAGUGAUGUUUCUGAUAAGAAUAGGAAAAGUACAUCAACCUGCUCGCUAAAUCCCUCUGAAGACAGCGAUCAGACAAGUACAGCGCAGAUAAAAGCCACAUCUUCAAAUAUGGACUGUAAUGGUUCUGCUGCUACUAAUAUAGGUAUUGUGGGUAAUGAAAACAAGAAAUGCAUUGCUGAUUAUUCAAAAUCUGUCUUAGAGCCAAAGGGCUCAAGCACAGAAAUAAAUCUCUGCCUAGGAAAUGGUCUGACAGAACCAACAGGAAGAACAAAUACUGAAUCGUCCUUCGAUCUAGAAUCUAGUGGCAAUGUUGCAAUUGGUAGCAAAAACGACAGAAUCCUGUUAAACAACAUAGCAACUCACUCGCAGCUCAAAACCUCUAACGCAGACAUAGAUCCCUUUCUAGAAGAGGAAGGUUCAAAAAAAACAAUUAAAGUCUCUUCUGUAGAUUUCAGUUGUAGUGGUUCUCGAGUCAUUGGCAACAUUCAUUUUAUUGAUAAUAGUGACAAGAACAAACAAGAUGUUGCUGAUGCUCAAGAAGUGGUUUUACAAACAGAUGGUACAACCACAGGCCUACAUUCCAGCUUUGAAAAAGAUUGUACUGGUGAAAAGAAUAUAGCGACUCUACCUUGUACUGAUACUCCCUACCAGACAAAUGAAGCGAUGGACCAAAAGAAGAGCACAUUUGAAUGCAGUGACCCUGCUGCCAGUGACGCUGCCAGUGACCCAGCCAGUGACAGAAAUGAACAAAGUUUUUCUAGUUGUGUAGAAUCCUGCUCGGAGCUAAAUAACUCAAACAUCAUUCCCUCUCAAGAGAAGGACAUGAUAAAUUCACCAGAAAGAGAAACUGCAACCCCUGCAACAAAGAGUACAACCCAGAAGUUGUUGGAUCAAAAUCUGGCCAAUCUGAAACCCCAACGGCCGGAUGUCGAUUUUACAGAGAAUGCAAGACAGUCAUUUGAAGAGCUGGGGACUUUUCCAGAGGAACAGUCAGUGUUUGACAUGCUCUAUGGUGAACCCUUGUCAAGAGAAGACUCUUCUUGUGACACAGAUAAGUCAAAUCCUGGGUCAAGCCAGUACAAAGAAACAACUGAAGCCAGAACGGACAGGAACAAUGUAGGAGAUUCAAAAGGAGAAGAACCUCAACUAGAUGCUUCUAGACAAAUGAGAAAUCUCCAGCCUGUUGUAAUAUUGAAGGCCCUAGAGUCUGCAAAUGAAAGAAGCAACUUGUAUUAUUGUGCAACCUGCAAACACACCGCAAGCAGUGUUAAAAAUCUAAUUGAACACCACCAUGAUUCCCAUUCAGUGCUUGAGUUUCAGUUUUGCAAGUCAUGUGAUGCUUAUCUGAUGAGGAAUAAACAAGCUGAGGAACACUUGUGUGGUAAAACCAAAGACAAUCCGCGCCCAUCUGAUUCUAAAGAACCGAAAACAAGGCGCCAGGGCCGCCACAAGUGCAAUAGGUGUAACCUCUUCUUUUCAAAGCUUGUUCAAUAUGUCAGGCAUAUGCGGACCCACACUGGUAAAACACCCUAUAGGUGUAAUAACUGUGGAGUGUAUUUUGCACAGGGUUCUACCCUGCAAAGACAUAAAAGUAUACCUGGUAGAUGCAAGCCAGUUAAACUUCCGGUUGCAUCACAUGGUGAUGUGGCUACCAAAACUAAAACACCACCACAAAAGGAUGUGAUAAAGAAAACACUGUGUUUAAAUCUGCCUGAAUGUUAUGUAAAGCUUGUUGACGUCUGCAAGACAAACCUCUGUACUCUGUGUAACAAAAUCUUUUCAACUGCAGAGAAGACCAAAAACCACAUCAAGAGUAUACAUAAGAAAGAAGGCGUGGCAGUUUCACCCAGUUGUGAGAUUCCAACGGAAGAGGAUGAAGAUGAGACAACAUCAAAAUAUAAAUGUCCCCUUUGUCCUCGACUAUUCAAGUACUCCUACAACAGGGCUCGACAUCUGCGUGACUGUGUCAGGGACUCUAUAUAUAAUUGCAAGGAAAAGGUUGCCGGUAAAUAUCCGUGUCCGUUGUGCCAUGCUACCUUCACUCUAUCAUCCAAUCGGUAUAGGCAUAUUAAAGCAGUCUGCCUUAGACAGUGUCUUAAUCAGCUUGCAAAAGAAAGAGCAAAAUCAAGGAAAAAGGACGAACAGAAGACAACAAAGGAAAUGGAGCAAAAAAUACAGACCAAGGAAGAGGAACAGAAAAACCAAGUACUUUCGUCUGGAGCAGACCCCAAGACUGUUCGACGGUACAAAUGCAAUCUAUGUCCAGCAACUUUUUCCCAUGCUUCUGGAAAAUACAAACACCAAAAAAAACAUGAACUGUUUAAGCUCACUGGCAAAGCUAUUAGGUACAGGAAUUCAGCAUUUUCAAUCUCUAAACCAGCAAAUUCAACUUCAACAAGUAUGGAUAACGGCAAGGAGGACACAAACCCAUCUGACAUAGAGAGCAGUAAUUCACCAAGCUGUCAUUUUUGUGGUAAAUGUUUCAGUACAUCACACUCACUAAAGAAGCAUGAGCGCAGUCACAGAGGCGAAAGACCCUAUCGAUGUUUGGAAUGCAAAAAAGGAUUCAAGAAACUUUCCCAUUUGAUUUGUCAUAAAAUUGUUCACCAAAGGAGGAUUCAGUGCACUGUUUGCAAGAAGAUUCUGCCAACUGUUGGGGAACUAAUUCAGCACCGAACCUCACAUCAUAAUAGAGGAAAGCUUCAAUGUCCGGAUUGUGAUCAACAAUUCCAGUAUCCUGUAUAUCUCCUAAGGCAUCUAGAUUCACACAUACAUAGAGCAAACAAAGCUUUAGAGCUUGAAAUGAGAUCACCACAGCAACAGUUGGAAUCUAUACAAGACCACAGUGAAGAAUACCAAUUACAAUGUUCUUUAUGUAAAGAGGAAUUUGAUGAUGCCCAAGUAUUAAGAAAGCAUUGUCUUACACACAUAUCUAGGUCCUCAUCACACCAAUGCCCCUUUUGCAAGCACAAUUUCAAUUCUCGCCGCUAUUUGCUGCGCCACAUGAUUAAACAUACUGGCGACAAACCCUAUUCCUGCGAAAACUGCGGAAAGCAGUUUUACCGUGACUUGUACCUUAAACUUCACAGUGAGAGGUGUUGCCGUGAUCCAAAGAUAGAUCAAGUCACAGUGCAAUGUGAUACUAAGACAAAGACACCAUAUCAGUGUUCCUAUUGCCCACGGUCAUUCUGCAAGAAAAUGCGUCUGAAAAAUCACCAUCAAGGUCACAAGCAGAACUCCCUGGCUCUAUGUUCAAGAUGUGGGCAGUACUUUGGACUUUGGAAAUUAAAUCAACAUCAGAAGGACUGUGUUGGAACCACAGAUCUCAAAACUGGAUCUAGUAAUGACAAGGUCAAUGAAAGCAUUUCACAGGCAAACCACAACGUUCAUAAAAUGCCUUUACAGUCUAAUGCAGCCAAUAUGUUACAGUUGAAAUGCCCUCACUGUACGCAGAGGUUCAGGUAUAGAUCAUUACUCUUGAGACACAUGGUUACACAUACUGGUUUGCAGCCAUAUCCAUGUCUGCAUUGUAGCCAAAGAUUUCCAAGCCAAGGAAUGUGUUUGCAGCAUGAAGUUUUCUGUGAUGGGGUUUCCAACGAAGGAUCAUCAAAAGACAAAAGUGAUGUUUCAAAAAAACAAACAGCCAUUGGAGUAACAACACCAAUACCACAAGCAGAAGGCCAAGCUGAGUACAAGUGCAAAUUCUGCACCAAGACAUUUACUAAAUCACGAAAACUCAGAUAUCACAUUUUGACGCACAAUGAAGUGAAGCCUUAUCGUUGUAAAGCCUGUGACAGCUGCUUCUCUAGGUAUGAUCAUCUGAAGGUACAUCAGACUCGCUGUAAAGGAAAGAAAACACGUUUGGAGGUUUGCAUUCCCAAAAUCAGUAUAGACGACAUUGGCAGGGGUUGGCAAAACAAGUUUGGCCUUGAACCUGGCAAAGAGGAGGAAACAUUUGAGUGUGAAGUAUGUGCACGAAGCUUUACAAGUCAGUCAAAGCUUUCCCGACAUAACACUAUGUUCCAUGUUGCAAAGUUAUUCAAGUGCUCUCGCUGUGGUUCCACAUUUUCCCAUGAAAAAACUCUGAAGAGACACAGGAAGUUGAUCAAAUGUAGAAGGGUGUCAACUGAAGCAACAGCUUCUCUACCACAACAUCCCAAUCCAAUGGAAAAUAUGACAAAACCAGUUUAUGGGGUGAAAAGCGGAAUCCUAGAAAGGAUCAAGCCUUGUUUUAACAAAAAAUACAAAUAUGUAUGCAGUUACUGCCCCCGUGCUUUUGAAAAAAGUUGGCAGUUAAGCGUCCAUACCCGCCUGCACACAGGAGAAAAGCCAUUUGCAUGUGAUUAUUGUGGCCAGAGAUUUAUAAGAAAGGACUAUGUACAACGUCAUUAUCCAAGAUGCAGCAAGAAACAACUAGAACAAGUCUUUUGUGACCAGUGUGGGGGACCUUUUUCUAAAGUUGAUCUUGAAAACCACAAAAAACAUUGCUUUACAAGUCCAAACAUAUCAAAGCCAAAUGUUUGCCAAGACCAACAGUCAACAUCCCAAAGCCCACCAAGGGGCUUUUCUUGUGCAUACUGUAGUUCCCGAUUUUUGCUAUUUUCACAGCUCCAAGAACAUUUUUUAAAUGCACACAAGCUGGAAACACUGGCACCACCAGUCACCACUGCAUCCCUACAACAUCACCUGUCAAAUAUAGCAGCCAUCAAAGAAGAGCCUUUGGAUGAGAGUUGUGAUGAAUGGCGUAGCCAAGAUGCUAAUUUAACUAGCAACUUCAAAACAGCUUUUAAUAGUAAUGUAAAAAAACUGUUCGUCUGCCCAGAGUGCAAAGCGAAUUUUGCAAGUAAAUCUGCAUUAAUGGCACAUCUGCGUGGGCAUGCAAUGAAGUAUCCCUUCAUCUGUAAAACAUGUAAGAAAGGCUUCUGGAAUAGAACUCUACUCCGUAAUCACCACAGAAAAUGUAGAUUUUCUCCUACUUCAGAGAAGAAUGCAAGCUCAUUGUUGGAAGGCCCUUUGAAAGCAGAAAUAGAUUUUGCUCUUGUGUUCGAAAAGGAUUCCACAACAAGUGACUCUGCUGUUCCACAGACCAACAGCUCCUGCGAAGAUGAUUUAUUGAAUAAGUUGCCGCAAGACUCUGAAGAAACUCUUGUGCAAAGCAACCCAAGUAAAGAGAAGAAAGCUGUACAGUACCAGUGUUCGGAAUGUGAUGAGAGUUUCACAGAUGGGUUAGUGCUUAUUAGUCACCUUGAAGAACACGGAAGACAAGAACAAGAAAAAAGGCUCAGAACGUGCUUUAAGUGUGGGUUUGUCUGCGCAAGUCAAUUCAAUCUCGAAAAUCACAUGAAGGUCCACGGAGGUGCUCAGAAAUACUCUUGCUCUGACUGCUCUAAAGUGUUUUAUACAGCAUCGGCUUUUAAAAUCCAUAGAACAUACCAUGACGCAAAAAGACCUUUUGUUUGCAAACUUUGUAAUCAGAGGUUUUGGACAAAGCGGUAUUUACGUAAUCAUUUUAAAGAUGCACAUCCAAGUGAUGUAUUUUCUUGUCGUUUUUGCGACAACACCUAUUCACUCAAAAGAUCACUGCAAAGACACUAUAAACAGUGGCAUCAAAAAGAGUACGAGGAGGCUGGAGACACUUUACUGGAAAGGGGCAUUAAUGCCACCAACCAAGUCAGUACCCCUAGUGAGCAUGAUGACGAUGAAAGUGAUAGCAGUGGGGACAGUGAUUCGGACACUGCACCAUACUUCCCAUGUCAUGUAUGUAGCAAGACAUUUUCAACAUCAGAAAGUCUUGAAGACCAUCAGCGGUGUCACCUGGGAGAAAAACCCCAUGAAUGCGAAGAAUGCGGCAAAUGUUUCUUCCAGGCAUCCCAGCUGCAGCAGCACCAGCGAAUGCACAAGUCUGAGUUUCAGUGUCAGAUGUGCGGCAGAGGUUUUGUUUCUCUCUUUGCGCUGCGUAAACACAAGCACAGUCAUGGCAAGAGUCGACCUUAUCGUUGCUCCAAGUGUCACCUCAGCUUCCCAGGACACUCACAGUUGGCGGAACAUAUGUCCAUCCAUCAAGAAGAGAAUUUCCCAUGUGAUAUUUGCAAUCGUGUGUUUCACUCCAAGAGCAGUAGAGCUGAGCAUCGGAAAAGCCACUCCAAAUCUCCCGCCCAACCCCUACCUUCACUUUUUGAACAGUCACUAUUCAGCAACGAGCUUAAAUAUCGCUGUGGUGUUUGUGGUGAUCGUUUCAGAGACCCAGAGGAGCUUUCCGAACAUGGUUGCAUGGCAACCAAGGAGCGAUUAUAUUCUUGUUCAGACUGCAAUAAGCAUUUUCUGCAUGCAUCUCACCUCAAGAAGCACAAGACCACCUAUCACCUAUGUACGUCAAAUAGGGAAUAUGCAUGUAAUAAAUGCCAAAAGAGUUUUUCUUCCUCUGAACACUUCCUCAACCAUUUAAAGACCCAUUCUGAUAGCGCAGGAGGAACUGAACUAAACAUGAAAAUCAAAACUGGAGGACCUUCCAAUGGCUUCAUAUGUCCAGUGUGUCAUCAGUGUUUUGCCAGUGCUGCUGAGCUUUGUUCCCAUUUUCCUACACAUCCCGACCAUAUGUUUGAAUGCAAAACUUGCAAAAUCUUAUUCCCCUCUAGAAGCAAGCUUAAUGAACAUGAGCGGCAUCAUCUGACCUCAUCUACUGAAUUUGAUUGCCAUGAAUGCGGCCAGAGCUUUUUGGGAAGGGACGCUUUCCGCCAUCAUGAUUGCUCUCAUCAGCAACGUGCAGAAAUGGAGAAUGAAAAGACAACUCCAUCAGCUAGACGUUCUCCUUUGACAUCUUUAGUAGGCGAAGAGGAGGAAGUUGAUGUCACUGGAGAGUGCUUGUACAAUUGCCCUGUUUGCUCAAUGCAGUUCUCUUCACAAAGUAGUUUCUUGGAGCAUCAGAAUAAAGCUCACCUAAAUGAGAAGCCCUUCAAGUGUGAGCUCUGUGGAAAAUCAUUUCCCCUCCGGCGGUACCUCAGAAGGCAUGAGCAAAGGCAUCGUACAAAACUGGCUUCUGAACGCACAAAUCAGACCCAGGAAAAGCUGUUCAAAUGUACCCAGUGCCACACUCAAUUCACCAAAGCACAAGACCUGUCUGUGCAUAUGAGAAUACAUUCUGAACAACAAUUCGGAGAGUACCGCUGUGACAUGUGCUACAAGUCAUUCAACCAGUGGCAGCUUCUUAAGGCGCACCAAGAAAGUCAUGUUGGUGAAGUUGUGUAUGAAUGCACAGAAUGUGAUAAAGCCUUUGCAUUUCCUCAUUUACUGGAAAAACACCAACAGACUCAUGCUGGUUCUUCUCAUUAAUGGUGGAUGUUAUCUAUUUGAAUAACUGUAACCUAAGUAUCUUGUAGUUCCCUUCAUGCCUUAAAUGGAUCUGAAAGGAUUUCUCAGUAAAAAGUAUAAAAACUACAACUUCAAAUGUCUUUCAUUCAUAAAAUAAAUAUCAUCCCAUGUCAAAAUUGAAAUCCAGUUUGUAUUCUUGGCCCAGGGUACAAACUUGCAAAGCCCUGGCCACUCUAAGCAUCUUUUCCCAAGUUUGUUUUGACAUUGUAUAUAUUUUUAUUUCAAAUGCUGGGAAUUGUAUACAGUAAGUUAGACUAAUAGGUUCUCAACAGUGUUUUUACCAUUAUUUAGUUUUGUGAUUAAUACAUAUGGUGCUUGAUGGGAUAAGACAUUUUAGAAAUGUCUGGGAUGGAUUUUGAUCACAUAUGAUCAGAUGUUUGGUGUUCCAUGCUUGUUUUGAAAAAAAGUUUUAGUCGUUUCUGUUACAAAAAUGUAAGAUGUACUCAAACUAUGUCGUUUUAUUCUGAUAUUUUCUAUGGCAUGAUUAUUCCAUGUACUAGUAAAUUUGUAAUUUUUUUGUUUGUAACUUCUCUGUUUAUAUUAAGUUGUGUUUUUUUAUAUGGAGAAUUAUGUACAGACGUUCAAAAUGUUCCUAUUGAACAUUGUGCCCGCAACCCAAGGAUGUUAAUUUUCACAAGAAAUUUGAGUUGCAUUCAGUUGAAUAUUAAAAUCAGCUAGAAAUCUA